AUGGCCAUGGGCCUGCUGGGCCCCUCCUUGGAGGAUCUCUUCAUGAAGACUUGCCGCAGGAAGUUUAGCUUGAAGACUGUGCUCAUGCUUGCGGAGCAGAUGAUCAACUGCAUAGAGUUUGUGCACUCGCACAAGAUCUUACAUCGGGACAUCAAGCCGAGCAACUUCGUUGUUGGUGCGGGGGAUGGGCAAAAUGACAAGGUAUACAUUGUGGACUUCGGCUUGGCAAAACGUUUUCGAGAUCCAGAUACUGGCAAACACAUCCCGUUUGUCAAGAAGAGUGGCAUCACCGGAACGGCGCGAUACGUGACCGUCAACCUGCAUCAGGGCUGCGAGCCGAGCCGACGGGAUGACUUGGGCUCCAUCGGCUAUGUGCUGCUCUACUUCCUGCGCGGGAAGCUGCCUUGGCAAGGAAUAAACCAUCGCGACAGGAAGAAGCGCAAAAAGCGCAUUGGAAAACGCAAGGCAGCAACGUCACACCAGGACCUGUGCAAAAGCUUUCCCAAGGAAUUCGUGCAGUACCUGGAGUACUGCGACUCACUAGGCUUCAAGGACAAGCCCGACUACGAUCACCUCCGCAGCCUCUUCCGGAAAGCAGCUUCUCGACACCAGUUGGACUUCGACGGGCAGUUUGAUUGGCUGGCCCCCCGCCAGAAGCGCAAAUGCGCGCCGGUAUCUGGGAGUUCCUCCGGCAAGCUGGAGUCCUCCACGUAUGAGUCUUACGAGUCCUACGAGGACUCGUACAGCUCGUCACGCAGCGGAGCUCGUCCUGAGUCCGACCGGGGACACAAGAAGAGAAGGAAGAGAUGA